AUGGGAAUAUUUUCAUUAUCGCCAUCAAGCGGUGGCAAAAAUAUUUUUGUAAAAGUAAGCACAAUGGAUGCUGAUUUGGAGAGAAUCGCGAUCGAAGCGGAUUGGACUGGACGACAGUUAUACGAUACAGUUUGUAGAAUAAUUGGUCUUCGAGAAAUUUGGUUUUUUGGUUUGCAAUUUGUUAAUAAGAAAGGCAUUCCUUGUUGGUUACAAAUGGAGAAGAAGAUAUGCAAGCAAGAAGUACCAAAGCAAGAAGAUGGUUCUCUUCUAUUUUUAUUUUUAGUAAAGUUCUAUCCAGAAGAUGUGGAAGAGGAGCUUAUUCAGGAUAUUACCAGACAUCUUUUUUUUCUUCAAAUUAAACAUAGCAUUUUGUCUAUGCAAUUAUAUUGUUCAGCAGAAGCAGCUGUUCUACUCGCAUCAUAUGCAGCUCAGGCAAUUCAAGGUGACUGUACACCAGAAUCACGAUUAAAACUGAGUGAACUUUUGCCAGAAUGCGUAAUAAAACAGUACGAUAUGUCAGCUCUAAUGUGGGAAGAACGCAUUCGUCGUUGGUGGAUAAAUAAUAGCGGACAGAGCAGGGAAGAUGCAGAAAUGGAAUAUUUGCGUGUGGCACAAGACCUUGAGAUGUAUGGAAUUCAGUAUUAUCCAAUUUGUAAUAAAAAAGAAUCAGAUUUAACUCUUGGCGUUUCGGCCCAAGGUAUUGGUAUCUAUAAAGAUGCGAACCGUAUUACACCUCGGCCAUUUUUUUCAUGGAGUGAAAUCAAAAAUAUCUCAUUCAAAAAUAAAACGUUUAAUAUGCGUACAAUGGAUAAAAGUACGAUAACAUUUCGUGCAAAAGACAUGUCAAUUAAUAUGAGUAUAUUAGAUUUAUGUAUCGGUACUCAUAAUCUUUAUCUGCGAAGGCGACAACCCGAUCUUCUUGAAGUUCAGCAAAUGAAAGUGCAAGCCAAACAACAGAAAAUACGCAGAAUGCAAGAACAAAAUCGUUUGGCUCGUGAACGAGAACAACGAAUGCAAGCCGAAGCUGAAAGAGAUAGAUAUAAGAACGAAAUUACCGCUGCUAAUGAGCAGAUACGUAAAAUCCAGGAAGCAAUGAAAAAAACUGAAGAAACUGCUCAACUGCUGGCGGAAAAAGCACGAAUGUCCGAGGAAGAAGCUUUAAUUCUUUCAAAACGAGCAAGCGAGGCUGAAGCGGAAUGUCAAAGAAUGAAAAUUACGCAAGUUCAAGCUGAAGAAGCGAAGAUUACAUUGGAAAGGAAGGCUCGAGACGCGGAAUUGGUAGCGCAUCGCCUUUUACAAGAAAGUGAUCAUCGGAAUUUAUGUAUGUAUCAUAAUUCAUUCCUUCCUGGCGAUACAAAUUGGUCGCAAGGUUGGUUUAUGCCUUACGGUAUGCAAAACUCUCGUAAUUAUAUGGGCCAUCAUCCUAUGGAUUCUUCAAUAAAUAGUAUAGAUGGUGGAUAUCAACGAACAGAUAGUGAUAAUGGUAUAUAUCGUGUCGAGAGUGAUAUGAAUAUGCAGUUGCUACAGUUUCAAAACGCUGGUUAUCUUAAUAUUCCUCCACCAGAUCCUUCUACGAAUAAUCAGUUGGUUCCAUCAGAUUUAUCUCUUUUGAGGUUGGAAAUUGAGAAGUCGAGAGCUUCGUAUAAUGAAAAGAAGGAUAAUCUGAAAAAAAAGAUGAAUGAAUUUCGCGCUGAAAUCGAAUGUCUCAAAGUAGAAGAUCGUCAAAGUGAACAUGAUCGUAUUCACGCAUCCAAUAUCCAAAUGGGCAUUGAUAAAUAUUCUACACUUCGAAAAGUACUUUUUCCUAAUUCUUUCCAAUUUUUUUUCCAGCCUUACCAACCCUUGGCAAACAUUUUGGCUUUUAUGGCUUCUCGUCAAAUCGUUAAGAGAGAAAAAUUUUAUUAG